CCAGCCGAUAUGCCUCGCCCACGAGUCUCCCGGAGCUGCGGCAAUUGCCGAGCAAUCAAACGACGCUGCGAUCAGCAGCGUCCUCAUUGCGGUCAAUGCACUCGGCUGCGGGAGAAAUGCCCAGGCUACCGAAAUCCAUGGGAGCUCAUCUUCCGUGACCAGACCGACCAAACCAUCCAGCGGUUUCAGAAGCGAGAGCUGAAGUAUACAGCCGCUGGGGUAGUGCCGCAUAUCUCUCCGUCCCCCCACACCCUCAACCCCUGUCCCAACAUGGAGCAGGUGGGGGUCAACUAUUUCCUCCACCACUUCGUCACCGGCGACCAUCGGGCCUCGCGCGGCUACCUCAACUACGUUCCCGCCGCUCUCGGGGCCAGAGACAACCACCCGACCCUAGUCGUUAGCCUAGCCGCCGUCGGCCUUGUAGCGUUGGCCAAUUCCACGCAUCAGCCCGAGCUCGUCCGCCACGCGCGCGUCAAGUACGCUGAGGCCAUCCGGAGCGUGAACACCGCCUUGGCCUCGCCGACUGAAUCCGUCAAGGAUAGCACGCUGAUGGCCGUGAUUUCACUAGGGGUAUUCGAGCACUUCUCCCAAUUUGACUCAUGGACGCGCCAUGUUCAGGGCGCGGCCGCAUUGAUGGUCCUCCGCGGCAAGGACCAGUUCUCCAGCAGCCAUGGCCACAAUAGCCCGGUUGCAAUCCUCUUGUUCAACCAAGUUCGGGCGGACAUGGUGGUCGCCUGUAUGCACUCGAAUCGACCAUUCCCUGAGGAUAUGCGGGCGUUGCAGGAAGAAGCCUCCAAGCAUGUUGACGCUUCCAGCGCGUUCUGGCGGCUAGGGGUGCUGGCUACCCAGUGUGUAGACUUUUUGUGGCGGGUGACUGAGAGCACAGGGCCAAACAAGACUCUCUGGCGGGAUCUCCUGGACGCGGCCCUGGUGCUGCAACACGAUUUCCAGGCCGUCAUGGGGCUGCUUGCCGUUCGAGAGCCGUAUGUUACUAUCGUCCCUACCACCCAACAAGGAGUGACGGCGAGGAUGGCGGAUCCUGAUCUAAUCUACAACGGUCGCGCAGACCUUUAUUCGACCUCGUGGACGAUUAAAGUCUGGAACAACGCGCGCAAUCUGCAGAUGAUCGUCUCCGAAAUCAUCUGCUAUCUUGUGAGAAAACUUCUCGCAAUGGACUCAGCAGCCCCAGUCAAUACUUGUGCCGCUCGCUCUCAGUACCAGCUGCUGCUGCACGAAACCCUCGGGAUUCUCUUCCGAUUGGGGGAAGAUAUCUUGGCAACCGUUCCACAGGUCCUUGGAAUUAUAUCCUCGCCAUCGGAACCUGAUCCUUUCGUCAACACCAAUGCUGCCUCUCUAGGGGUCAGUGUGUCGGGCGGAUAUCUCCUGACAUGGUGUCUCUACAUGGUCGGAAAGUCCCCGGCCACGGCGAACCAGGCUCGGAAGUGGAUCAUUCGGUGCUUUCGCAAUAUUGUCCAGGGUUCGGGCAUCGGGAUGGGGCUGCCACUCCUCGAGGAGAUUGUCAGGAUCGACCGCUUGGCUGGGUGA